AGAAAUACGAGUUGGAUUAAGAAAUGGGGGGGGGCGGUCGAGGAAAAGAUGAGCAGGUGGAGAGAGAACAGGUGGGCGGGGCCAUGUGGCGUCACAACCGAAAGCUUCUCCUUUUAAAGCUGCGACUCCCGUGACGCGCGAACGCGCUUUAAAAAUACCUGCAGCGACGCUAACGGGACAGACGCGUUCACGGAGCUGCGGUUCUUUGCUGUCGAGCCUUCUACAGCGUCGCUGCUGCCUGGACCUUCUGUCCUCUUCACACUGAACUGGACUGUCCCCUGUCCUCCUUUGUCCUUCUCUGUCCUCCGCCUCGGUCUUCCAACGUCUCUCUCUCUCGCUCGCUGUUCUCAUGCGAUUCUUCAGACUCUCAUUCAAGUGCUUUGUGGAUGGUUUUUGAAGGUCGCUAUAAGAGGAAAAAAAAAAACUGAGGCGUUUUUAUUUUACAAAAUUAUUCUUUAUAAUUUUUCCUCUCAACAAAGCAGUUUGUUUUCUUAUUCAUUUUCGUUGAGAACCGGCUCAGAGCCAGGACCGUUCCUCACGUGAUUCAUCUUCAGUGAAGCAGAGGACAGCGGACGGACGAAAAGGACCGGACCCACCACUCGACUACGGUCGGCCAGGCUGGUGCUGGUGCGGGUCUGUGGACAGUUUGCCCAGAUUGUUCAGUGAACCGAUUCUGGGUAUUUUUGCAGGUUGUUUAGACGUAUUCGUGGACGUAUUUUUGGUGUGUUUUCCGAAGGUGUUCCGAGAUUUAUUUCAGUUCCUAGACUGUUGUGUAGAUUAAAUUGUGAAUUGGUGGGAUUUCUGUCCCUUCCUGGGUUGAGAGAGUGAUAUUUGGUCUGCUGCAGUUUCUGACUGAAGUUUUGAAAAGGUUCAUGGACUGAUUUGACAUCCAGGGGCUGGUUGACAGACUAAUCUGUGGAGUGCUGUGGUUUUUGACCCGCUUUAAAUUAAUUCUAAUUCGAAGACUGAUUUCAACUAUUCUCUAAUUCAGACCUAGUCUUCCAACUGGUGUAGGAAGUGAUUUUUGCACUUGCACUUUUACUUUUUUUUCCCCCCUGGGCCUGAUGGAGUACCACAGCAACUCCAACUCCUCACUGACACACCUGGAGGAGACCAAGAAGAAGCCCCUUACGUUGUCGAAUGGGGGCGAAUACCUUCCUGAAUCGGCAUCUAACGGCAACACACCAAUAAUGGUAGUGGUGACGACAGAGCCCGGUUCUGGUUCGGACAAAAAGGGAAUUGUACCAAAUGGUGCAGGGCCAGGAUACCCAGAGCGGGAGACAUGGACCCGUCAAAUGGACUUCAUCAUGUCGUGCAUCGGCUUCGCUGUUGGUCUAGGAAACGUGUGGAGGUUCCCCUACCUGUGCUACAAGAAUGGAGGAGGUGUCUUCCUGAUUCCGUACCUGCUGAUCGUCUUUGCUGGAGGAAUCCCUAUCUUCUUCCUGGAGAUCGCUUUGGGACAGUUCAUGAAGGCUGGAAGCAUCAACGUCUGGAACAUUGCCCCACUCUUUAAAGGUCUGGGUUACGCCUCCAUGGUCAUUGUGUUCUUCUGUAACACCUACUACAUCAUGGUCCUGGCCUGGGGUCUUUACUACCUUAUUAAAUCCUUUAACCCCAUCCUCCCAUGGUCCACCUGUGAUAACGAAUGGAACACGCCCAACUGCAUUGAGAGCUUCCAUCCUGAAGACUGUAAAAACGGCAGCCUUGCUAAUGUCACCAUAUCAGGCAACAUGACCUGCGCAGAGCUGGCCAAGGCUCAAUCACCAAUCGUUGAAUUCUGGGAGAACAAGGUCCUAAGCAUCACCUCAGGUCUGGAUGAACCUGGGCACAUAAAGUGGGAGAUGUUAUUGUGUUUAAUCGCUGUCUGGCUGUUGGUUUAUUUCUGUGUGUGGAAAGGAGUCAAAUCCACCGGGAAGAUCGUCUAUUUCACGGCCAUCUUUCCCUCCUUGGUUUUGAUCAUCCUCCUGGUGCGAGGUGUCACUCUUCCUGGAGCCUAUGAUGGUAUAAUGUACUACAUCAGCCCUGAUUGGUCCAAACUGGGCGAGGCUCAGGUGUGGAUCGAUGCGGGAACACAGAUUUUCUUCUCCUACGCCAUCGGCCUUGGCGCUCUGACGGCUCUGGGCAGCUACAACCGCUUCAACAACGACUGUCACAAGGAUGCAUUUAUUCUUGCUGCAAUAAACAGUGGAACCAGUUUCUUUGCUGGUUUUGUCGUCUUUUCCAUUCUGGGCUUCAUGGCUGCCGAGCAGGGAGUGGACAUUUCCCUGGUGGCUGAGUCAGGUCCAGGUCUGGCUUUCAUAGCGUAUCCAAAGGCGGUCACUCUGUUGCCCGUGUCGCCACUGUGGGCGGCUCUCUUCUUCUUCAUGCUGCUGCUGCUGGGCCUCGACAGUCAGUUUGUGGGUGUUGAAGGAUUUGUCACCGGAAUUCUGGACCUGUUUCCAGGGAAAUACCAGCACCGUUACAAGCGUGAAAUUGCCGUGGCAAUCUGCUGCUCCUUGUGCUGUAUCAUUGAUCUCUCCAUGGUGACAGAGGGAGGGAUGUACGUCUUCCAACUGUUCGAUUACUACUCGGCCAGUGGAAUGACUCUGCUGUGGCAGGCGUUUUGGGAAUGUGUGGUGGUGGCUUGGGUCUAUGGUGCCGACCGCUUCAUGGACGACAUCGCCCGUAUGAUUGGUUAUCGUCCCUUUUUCUGGAUCAAGUGGUGCUGGCUGUUUGUGACCCCGUGUGUGUGUAUGGGCAUCUUUUUGUUUCACCUGAUCAACUACAAACCCCUGACCUAUAACAAUGAAUACGUGUACCCGUGGUGGGGCGAGGUGAUUGGCUGGUGCCUGGCUCUGUCCUCCAUGCUCUGCAUCCCGGUCAGUUUCCUCUACAGACUCUGCAGGGCGAAGGGAACCUUCAAAGAGGUCAGAGAUGCCAAAAACAACUAAUCAAACAUCUGAUGUCAUUUGCAUGUCACACGUCUUCCCAGGU